CCCGCGCGUGCGCUGUGGUGCUGGUGUGCACCGGCGGCUGCUGCUGUCGGGGCUGCUUCCCGGUUAUCUCCCGCCCGGCCGCUGCUCACCUCCUGGCCGCCUGUUCCCGGUGGGCUAUGAAGCCUUAGAGCCCCUGGACCGCAGCAGCCUUUCGCCGUCAGCAUGUUCGGGCGCUCACGCAGCUGGGUGGGUGGUGGGCACGGGAAGGCCGCCCGCAGCAUCCACUCCUUGGAUCACCUCAAGUACAUGUAUCACAUUUUGACUAAAAAUACAACAGUAACAGAUCACAACCGUAACCUGCUGGUAGAGACUAUUCGUUCUAUAACAGAGAUCCUUAUAUGGGGGGAUCAGAAUGACAGCUCAGUGUUUGACUUUUUCUUGGAGAAGAAUAUGUUUGUUUUCUUCUUGAACAUCUUGCGUCAGAAAUCUGGUCGUUACGUCUGUGUACAGCUUCUGCAGACUCUGAACAUCCUUUUUGAAAACAUCAGUCAUGAAACAUCACUGUACUAUCUGCUUUCCAAUAACUAUGUAAAUUCUAUUAUUGUCCACAAAUUUGACUUUUCUGAUGAGGAGAUCAUGGCAUAUUACAUAUCAUUUUUGAAAACUCUUUCCUUGAAACUCAACAAUCAUACUGUACAUUUCUUUUAUAAUGAGCACACGAAUGACUUCGCUUUGUAUACUGAAGCUAUUAAAUUCUUUAACCACCCAGAAAGCAUGGUCAGGAUUGCUGUUAGGACUAUAACUUUAAAUGUCUACAAAGUGGACAACCAACCUAUGCUGCAUUACAUUAGAGAUAAAACUGCUGUCCCUUAUUUCUCCAACCUCGUGUGGUUUAUUGGAAGCCACGUGAUAGAACUGGAUAACUGUGUGCAGACUGAUGAAGAGCAUAGGAAUAGGGGUAAACUGAGUGACCUGGUAGCAGAACAUCUUGAUCAUUUACAUUACCUUAAUGAUAUCCUUAUCAUAAAUUGUGAAUUUUUAAAUGAUGUGCUGACAGACCACCUCCUGAACAGGCUCUUUCUUCCCCUCUACGUAUAUUCAUUAGUAAAUCAAGAUAAGGGUGGAGAGCGUCCAAAAAUAAGUCUCCAAGUUUCUCUCUAUCUUCUUUCUCAAGUUUUUCUAAUUAUACAUUAUGCCCCUUUGGUGAACUCACUGGCUGAGGUUAUACUUAAUGGUGAUCUCUCAGUCUUUUCUUCUGAAGUUGAGCAAGAUGUACAGAAUAACCCAGCAAAGUCAAGUAUCCGAUGUUUCAUAAAACCAACAGAAACACUUGAGAGGUCUCUUGAAAUAAACAAACAGAAGGGGAAGAAGAGGGUGCAGAAAAGACCCAACUAUAAAAAUGUUGGUGAAGAAGAUGAAGAGGAUAGAGGAUCUGAGGAUAACCAAGAUGACCUAGAUAAAACGAAAGGUACUGAAGCAAGUUCAAAGGGCAUCAGAACAAGCAGUGAAAAUGAAGAAAUAGAGAUGGUAAUCAUGGAGAGAUGUAAACUGUCAGAAUUACCUAUCUCUACUGUGACAGAACAAAAUACAACAGAUGAAGAAAAGAGUGCAGCUGCCUCUGGGAGUGAAAUAACAAACUGGAACAGGCCUUUUCUUGAUAUUGUCUAUAAUGCACUGGACUGUGCUGAAGAUGAUUACUAUGCCCUCUUUGUACUCUGUCUUCUUUAUGCCAUGUCACACAACAAUGGAAUUGACCCACUCAAGCUGGAAAGAAUUCAGCUUCCAGUUCAACAUGCUGAAGAGAGAAAUUCAUAUAAUCAUGUACUUGCAGAAGGGCUCAUCAGGAUAAUGAAUUGUGCUGCACAACCAGAUGGGAAAAUCCGGUUGGCAACUUUAGAACUUGGCUGCCUGUUGCUGAAGCAGCUUGUGUUUUCUAAAAAUGGCAGUAUUAUAAAAGAUGUUCACCUUGCUUGCCUUGUGGGUGCAAGGGAAGAAAGUGUUCAUCUUGUUCGUCGUUUCUAUAAGGGAGAAGAAAUUUUUCUGGAUAUGUUUGAAGAUGAAUACCGGAGCAUGACAAUUAAACCCAUGAAUGUAGAGUACUUGAUGAUGGAUGCCUCAAUCUUGUUGCCUCCAACGGGGACACCACUCACUGGUAUUGAUUUUGUGAAAAGAUUGCCUUGUGGAGAUGUGGAAAGAACACGAAGAGCAAUCAGAGUUUUCUUUAUGCUUCGUUCACUAUCACUGCACUUGCAAGAUGAGCUGGAAACUCAGUUACCGCUUACAAGGGAGGAAAAUCUGAUAAAGACAGAUGAUGUUCUUGACUUGAAUAACAGUGAUCUGAUUGCUUGUACUGUCAUUACAAAGGAUGGGGGUCAAGUCCAAAGAUUCCUGGCUGUGGAUAUUUACCAGAUGAGCCUGGUUGAGCCAGAUGUUGCCAGACUUGGAUGGGGAGUAGUUAAGUUUGCAGGCCUUUUGCAGGAUAUGCAGGUGACAGGAGUAGAGGAUGACAGUAGAGCUCUGAAUAUAACAAUUCAUAAGCCUGCCUCAAGCCCUCAUUCUAAGCCCUUCCCUAUCCUUCAAGCUACAUUUAUUUUUUCUGAUCACAUUCGCUGCAUUAUUGCAAAACAACGUCUCGCAAAAGGCCGUAUCCAAGCUCGGCGUACAAAAAUGCAGAGAAUAGCAGCUCUCCUGGAUCUUCCUGUUCAGCCCUCAACUGAAGUUAUGGGUUUUGGACACAGCUCUGUAGCUACAGCCCAGCACCUUCCAUUCAGAUUUUAUGAGCAGUCCCGACGUGGUAGCAGCGAUCCUACAGUGCAACGCUCUGUGUUUGCAUCUGUUGACAAAGUUCCAGGCUUUGCUGUAGCACAGUGUAUAAAUCAGCACAAUCCAUCACCACUUUCAUCUCCAUCACCUUCCAGUGGCAGUGGGAGUACAGGGCGCUGUGAUUCAGUGACUGCAAGCUCAACAUCCACUCCUGCUGCACAGAGCCCAUCAGAUGAUUCUUCAGCUCCAGAGCAGCCUCAGAUGGCCAUUUCUGGUCAGAUGAUGUUGACUGAUGAAGCUCUUUCAACUGUGUCAAAGUCCUGCAAGAGUGCUAUAAAAAACAGUGACAUAGAAACACUAAACCUGUCUCCUAGCCUGAUUCCUGCCCAGCAGCCCACAAUAUCAUUAAUAACAAAUGACAAUACGGAUACACUAAGUGUAGAGUCACUUACCCUGGUGCCACCAGUUGACCCACACAGCAUUCGAACAUUCAGCUGCAUUCCUCAGUCCUCUUUGCAAUCUGAAAUUGAAGUUUGCAAGGUAAAAGAGGAAGAGCAAGAAUGUCCUGACUAAAGCCAAUCUGCAGACUGUGAUAAGCAGGUAAAGCAAAUGCAACCAAAUUCUUAGUUGCUUUUCCAUUGGGAGUACUGAAGCUUGAGAGGCCAUCUGGUCUGCAAGAACAACUCACUGCUGAGAGAGACCAUGGGCAGCUUUUAUAGUACAUCAAAUGCUCAGCAUAUUUAAACUGGAGAGGAAAAAACAAACAAAAAACCCCAACUUCUUAAUUAAACUGGUUGUUUCCUACCAAUUUCUGUUAUGCAAGAACAAGGUAUUUCAGAGCACCUAUUUUCUUUCUAUUACAGGGUUCUAGCUGCAGGAACUAAGUUAGCUAUAAAAAGGUCUACAGUUUUAUGGCAAAGUGAAGAAAUUUUUGGAUUCCUGGCUUCAAGAUAUUCUAUCAUUACUUCUCUGAAACUGGAAGCAUACCACUGACCAGAAACAGAUACAUAUUGCAGGGCACAGAUAGUGAGACAUGGUGUGUAUUUCAGUUUGGUUGUGUUUUGUUUUGUGUUUUUAAAUCCUUAUCUCAUUCAUCUUGUGGAGGGUCUGCACGAUUCCAACAAGCUUGACCACUUUCAGUGUUGUCUUCUUUGGUCUCCAGACUUCAGUACUGUGUUUUCAAUACUGUGAUUCAAAGCAAGAUAUACAUCAACAAUUUUUUAAAAGCUAAAAGCCUGAAGUUUAAUGACAAAUGCUUAUACAAAUUAACAUAAGGGAUUUUUGAGACUACUUUAGUCUUUGCUUAACCAGCUAUGGAGGAAUGUGAAGUAUUUUAAGAGACUGCUAUAGCCUGUUUGUUUGCUUCUGACAGUCAAAUUGCUACACCUCUGAGAAAUUAUGAGUUGCUAUCUUUUCUACUAAAGGACAAUUUCUAGAAGCAGAUAGAAGCAGUUUUACUCUAAAAUUUUUCAUCUUCAUGUAGGAAGAAGGUCACCACUUGAACUCAUAAUUCCUUUGCGAGUCAAACUCAAAAGGAAAGGUACUAUGUAGGGUUUUUUCCUAUCUGGGAUAGUAUCACAGCUAAAAAACAUUGCUACAUAGAAGUAAUCCUGAGUUUAUGCUUCCCUUGCUUUUCUUCCUAGAUCCUGAUACCAAGUUGACAGAAAGUAAUGGAAAAGUUUCAAUUAAAAUUUGGAAUGUUCUUUACUGAUUUGAUAUGUAAUUUAACUGGAAUAGAAUAUAAGAUUUUUCAUCAAUUUCUAUGUCUGCUAAUUAAUAGUAAAGUGAGCAGAUUGUCAUUAUCCAUCUGCUCGCAACACUGACUGCUCUCUGGCUCUCAAAGAUUGAUGACUAAUAUUUACUUGGUAUUGUGAUUUCAGUCAUUGAUGCAAUCUGUUUCCUCACUCUGUCUCCACUAACAUUGAUUUCACAUCAAGCAGGUGAAUCAAAAAGUUUUAACCUACUUUAAUCUCUUACUGUACCCCUUCCUGACUCUCAGAUGGAAUACUUAAAGUGGUCUAAAAUGUUAUAUAUGACAUUGAUUUAUCCCCAAGUAUAACUUUGCUCACUUUCUAUGUUUUUCUUCAUGCAGUAAUUCAGUCUUUGUAAAGUGUGCAUAGAAGAUGUCUCUAUCAAACGCCAGCAAUAUUUUUCUUUCCUUUCCCUUAUUAGCAUUCUUGUGUGCAGUUUUGUUGAUUUAUAGUUUUCUUUGACUUCUACUUUGUCUCAAAUUGAUCUAACCAAUAUUCUGACCAAUUGUUGAUUUAGAGUUUUCUGUGACUUCUACUUUGUCUCAAAUUGAUCUAACCAAUAUUCUGACCAUUCCAGAGUGGUCCAAACCCUAAAUGAAUUCUGAGAGGUCUUUUUUUUUUUUUUUUUUUUUUUUGUCAUAUAUAUGAACGAUUCUAGACAGCAGUAACAAUUUGGGCAUAAUGAUUACAUAACUUUUCAUUAGCUGAACUGGUUGCAAUCUAGACUUCCUAGAAGUUUGUUGCAGCAUUACAAUGUAGCCCCAGUAAUAUUCUGAAGAUCACUAUAAAAAUAAUGCCUUCCUUAGUUUGAAAACACUAUUUUAGUUGUUAGACUUAACACUUGACCUAGAUUACACAAAAUGCCACUGUUCAGGCUGAAUUUCCUUAAAUGAAACUCAUUUUAGAUGGGACAACCUUGAUCUUUAUGUAUCUAAUUACAAAUUCAGUUCUAGCAAGAUGAGGACCAUGCACAAGGAGUCAUUUUACAAGCUAUGCAGAAUCGGACCCUUGAAAAUGGGUGAAAUGGCACAAAGAGAAGAAAAACUGACAUUCUUUUCAUUGCCUUUGAGUGGCUUUUAAAUCUCUUGGUGAGUUGUCUACUGAGAGCUUCCCAGGAAAUGGAUGAGAUAGAGACUGUUAUUAGGAAAGCCAAAGACUAUGUCUGCUCUGGAGUCUGGCAGAGCCAUGCUGGUCAAAGGGUGGUAAGGUGGGGUAUCUUUUAGCAGUUCAGUUAAAAGAUCUGCACAAAGAUGGAAUUGCACCAGCUCUACCAACAUCUUGUUAUAAAUAUUGCAACUGAUGCAGACCAGCCUAUAGCUCUGAGUGGUUAUGCCACAGAAGCUUUUUGACUUCUAUGCUUCUAAUAGUAAGGCAAACAAUUUGACUGUGAUUCUUAAUGCAUUAGGAGACUUCAGAAUGUAAAAACUCUGGAAGUGCUGAAAUAAUCUGUCAUCAUCAGUCUUUUAUCUCUGAGAGUAUGGUGUUACUCAUCUACAGUUCCUUGAAAAGUAUCAUUUCUAUCUCCUCCUUAUCAGAAAAACUCAAGGGCUGUUUUCUUACCCCCCUUUCACUGUAAAAAGGAAACUCAACCAAGAAAGCAUUAGCAAAUCAGACACAAAUGCAAUUUUUCUCUAAACAAAAGUUGAUUUGAGUCAGUGUAACAUCACUCUUUUUAACCAAAUACCAAGGUGGUAUUGAGAGCAGCAGUUAAACAAUUGACACUUCAAAAACCUCACUAUUUCAGUGUCAUACUGCAGAGGGAGGUAGAAUCACUCUAAAAUAAACCUAGCAGUAUUCCAGAGCAAAAUGCCAAACAUUUUUGUGAGAUCCUGAGUUCUCAGUGUUUGUUGUUGGAAGCUGUGCCUGUCUUCAGAUAUAUUAUGUUAACAUAAAACUGUUCUAUUACUUCCUUCCUUUUGGGAAGAGAAACCAAAGAAGCCAAGGCAUAUGAAAUGUUAAUUUGUUAUUUUAUGGUCUAGGUGUUUAGUUUUAUCAAAUUUUACCAAGGUACUACUUGUUUAGCAGAACUAUGUGUUGAUUUAUUGUUAGGUCUCACUGCUCGUCCUCUUUGCUUUUCUGUGUGCAGCAAUGAACAAGAUGCGAGCUUUUAAUUUCUCAAGAGGGUAAUGGCAGAAUGCACUUGGCAGUUUGGUAAAGAAGGGGAGGGAGGAAACCUAAGGGCCCAAUUCUAAUGGCUGCUUCAGCAUAGGAGUAAUUAAAAUUAAAUUGGUUUUCAGACAUUAUUUGAUAUGGAAAGAAACUAAAGGUUUCACUUCCAGCAUUUAGUUUUAUAAGUGAUGUGGAUUAAACCAAAUUCAUAAGAAAUACAGUCACAAAUAUUAAUACCAAAAGCUAUAUAUUUUAUGUUUGAAGCCAUGAAUUAUAUACAAUAUUAUUUGCAUCCUUCACUGCUAAUUGAUGAUAAACUAAAAUUCUGACUUCUCUUCUUUAAAUUAAGAUGACCUUAAAAAAACAAAGAUGUAAAAUUGCACCUGUUAAAGAAGCACCUCUACAACACAGUUUGAAUUUUCCUUGAAGUCACUUGGUGAGGAAAAAUUAGGAUACCCUCCAGAAUUCAUUUCUUCUUUUGCAGAGUUAUUGCUAAAGGACAGGUAUGUGACAGCUAAAAAUUCUUCUUCCGUACCUAGAAUUUAAGACUCAAAUCUAUGUCAGUAUUCAGACCUGAAGUCAGUGUCCAGUGAUUCACAUGAACCCUUCAUACAUAGACAGAAUACAAAGGCAAAUACUGCUCCUUUGCAGAUAUUAAGUAUUCUUGUGUGUAGAAUUUUAAAACUGAUGGCUAAAACAGUUUGUUUAUAGAAAAAACAGCAGUCUUUAGGAUUAAAGUUACUGUGAUUUCUAAUCUUUUUUUUCCUAAUUAAGCAGUGAAACAUAAUAUUUCCACACUUACUACAAGAGGCCUGGGAUGGUUGUUUUAUGAUCUAAGAAUUCAGUAAUUGCUCUACAACUGGGUGUCAUUUAAUUAGUAAUAAACCAAAUUUAAAACUGUAGUCUUGAAGACAUAGGUAAGCUAUCAGAUGAGGAGCUCAAACUUUAAGUAUGAAGCCACUUCAUAGAAGUAAACAUGUUAAUCACAUGGUGCUGUCAGUGCUAUAAUAUAAUAAGUCACUCUUUUUGCUGCACAAGUUAUAGGCACAUAACUACAGAAUGGCCUAAUUAAUAGUUUCACUACCCUGCAUGUAGCACUCUUCAAAAGAAACCACCAUGCUAACCAUUUUGAUGUUGUCUUCACUAACCAGCUUCACUUCACUUAACCAGUUAAGUGGAGAGUUGCUUUUACAAGAACAUUGCACAUGCAGCUAUUAACUAGGAAACUAAAUGUUUUAGUCCUAUAGCUGAAUCAAAGAUUUAGGAAAAGACAUUAUAUGGGGACAUCAAGGAGAUCAUAUGGGGGCAUCAGGGAGAUCUAGGCAUUUUGCUCCAAAGAUGAUGAGUCUCCUGUGUGUUUUCAGGUAAGCUAAAGUUAGGCAUCUAAAUGUAUGUUGAAAAUCAGCUUCCUAACUGUUACUGUCAUUCUUCUUGAAAGUUUUUUAGUAUGUCACUGUUUAAGCCUCAGUGGCUUACCCUAGGAUAGCACUACGCUGGGCACUGCACUUGUUAUCUAGAUGGCUUUGGAGUGGCUCCCUUGUGCUUGCCUGCUCUGUCACUCUGACCUUUUCCAACUUUUGCAGCAUGAAAUAGAAACAAAUAGAAUGACUCUUACGCUCUCCAAAUAUUAACUCUUACUAUCUCCUAUUGGCUUCUGAAAAGCAGAUGGUGAUCCAAGCAGGGCUUGCUAGGGUGGGAUGUUUUUAGGGGGGUGGUAGGGUGGAGGUGUUUGGGGUUUUUCCUGCCACUUAGGAUUUUUUGAGUGGCAUCAGAGACAUGGGAGAUGCAGUUCAGGAGUGACUCAAACAGAACGUUCUUUCAUAUGGAAAUGUAUUUUUAUAUUACAUUUGUACAGAAUUUUCCCUAUUUUGAUCUCCCAAAAUUUUUAGAUUUGUGCACUGCUCAGAUUGGAUUUCUUUUGCAAAGUGUUAAAAAAUAUGUAUUUUAUGUUUGUUAAUGUAUUAUAAAUGUAAAACUAAAUUUUGCUUGUUUAAUAAAUGUGCACUGUGGUGGUAUCU